AACAACAUCCUCCUCCUACUCAGACUCGGAGGAAGACUCCGCGGGCAGCAUGGCCUUCAUCACGGCCAACUGGAACCCCCUCGGGGAGGCCUUCUACAGGAAGGUGGAGCUGUACGAGAUGUCCUGGGUUCUGCGGGACGGACUGAGAGACUCUCUGAUCGCUGCUGCUCCAUACGGAGGACCCAUAGCGGUGAUGAAGGAGUCCCAGUGUCUCUCGCCCAGUGUUCGUCCUCAGCUGGAUAUCUACACAGCAUCAGGUGUUACCAUGGCAACCUUCCCGUGGAAAAGCGGCCCGGUGGUGCAGCUGGGCUGGUCGGUCAGCGAGGAGCUGCUCUGCGUGCAGCAGGACGGGACGGUGCUGAUCUACGACCUGACGGGGGCCUUCCUGAGGCACUUCAGCAUGGGACAGGAGGUGGUCCAGUCUCACGUCUCGGAGGCUAAAAUCUUCCACUCACCGUACGGGACGGGUGUUGCCAUAGUGACCGGCUCCUCCCGCUUCACCUUGGCAACCAACAUCGAUGACCUCAAGCUGAGGAGACUGCCUGAGGUCCCAGGUCUGCAGGGUGCUCCGUCCUGCUGGGCGGUCCUGAAUCAGGACAGACAGACCAAAGUCCUGCUGGCCAACGGACCUGAGCUCUACCUGCUGGACAACACCUGCUGUACAUCUGUGGUCCUGCCAGGUGGGUCCCCUCUGGACGGUGUGUUCGUCCACAUCGCCGUCUCCUUCAGCUAUAAGUACCUCGCCCUGUUCACCGACACGGGACACCUGUGGACGGGACUCGCCAACCUGCAGGAUAAACUGAGUGAGGUGGACACCAAAAUCAGAAGCCCUCCUAAACAGAUGGUCUGGUGCCGCCGGCCCCAGACCCAGCAGCCCUCGGUGGUGGUGCUGUGGGAGCGCCUCCUCCUGGUGGUCGCCGUCGGCGGCGACACUGUGCAGUACCCUCUGGACGAGGUGUGUGUGUGCGUGGGGGAGCUGGACGGCGUGCGGCUGCUGUCCCCCAGCAGACAUGAGCUGCUGCAGGAGGUGCCGCUGGUCUGUGAGGACAUCUUCAAGAUCGCCUCCAUGGGCCCCGGGGCCCUGCUGCUGGAGGCCCACAAGGAGUACCAGAAGUCCAGUCAGAAGGCGGAUGAGUACCUGAGGGAGAUCAAGGAGCAAGGCAUGCUGGGAGACGCAGUCCGGCAGUGUGUGGAGGCGGCCGGACACGAGCAGCACACACACACACAGAAGGCCCUGCUGCGGGCCGCCUCCUUUGGGAAGUGCUUCCUGACCAACCUGAGUCCUGAAGCCUUCGUCUCCGUGUGUCGAGACCUGAGGGUCCUGAACGCCGUGAGAGACCCCAGCAUCGGGAUCCCCCUCACACACACGCAAUAUAAACAGAUGACGGUGCAGGUGUUGAUUGACAGGCUGGUGUACCGUAGGCUCUACCCUCUGGCUAUAGAGGUGUGUCGCUACCUGAAGACACCGGAGUACCAGGGAGUCAGCCGGAUCCUGAGACACUGGGCCUGCAGCAAGGUGCAGCAGAAGGGGGAGAGUGACGAGGUGAUGGUGCGCUGUAUCAGCGGGCGUCUGGCCGACUCCCCGGGGAUCUCCUACUCCCACAUCGCCUCCAAGGCCUACGACAGCGGCCGGACCGAGCUCGCCAUCAAGCUGUUGGACUAUGAGGCUCGUUCAGGGGAACAGGUUCCUCUGCUGCUGAAGAUGAGGAGGAGUCAGCUGGCUCUGAGCAAAGCCAUCGAGAGCGGAGACACUGACCUGGUGUACACGGUGGUGAGCUACGUGAAGAACGAGAUGAACCGAGGAGAUUUCUUCAUGACCCUCAGGAACCAACCGGUGGCCCUCAGUCUCUACAGACAGUUCUGUAAGCUUCAGGAGCAGGAGACGCUGAAGGACCUCUACAACCAAGACGACGACCACCAGGAGCUAGCUAACUACUACGUUAGCGCUAGCUACAGGGAGAAGGUACAGGCUAACUGCUACGUUAGCGCUAGCUACAGGGAGAAGGUACAGGCUAACUACUACGUUAGCGCUAGCUACAGGGAGAAGGUACAGGCUAACUACUACGUUAGCGCUAGCUACAGGGAGAAGGUACAGGCUAACUGCUACAUUAGCGCUAGCUACAGGGAGAAGGUACAGGCUAACUACUACGUUAGCGCUAGCUACAGGGAGAAGGUACAGGCUAGCUGCUAAGUUAGCGCUAGCUGCAGAGGGUACAGGCUAGCUGCUAGGUUAGCGCUAGCUACAGAGGGUACAGGCUAGCUGUUAGGUUAGCGCUAGCUGCAGAGGGUACAGGCUAGCUGCUAGGUUAGCGCUAGCUGCUAGGUUAGUGCUAGCUGCAGAGGGUACAGGCUAGCUGCUAGGUUAGCGCUAGCUGCAGGGGGUACAGGCUAGCUG